AUGGGGAGUUUUGUGGCUGAUCUGUUUCUACUCCUGCUGCUUUCCACAGGACAAGUUUAUGGAGUGUCAUUCUACGGUGAUGGCUACAUCCACCUGCGGACAGUGGAGUCUUCCAUUCAGACGUUGCUCCAUGUACGAUUUCGUACCUCCAGUCAGACAGGGCUGCUAUUUUUGGCAGCAGGAAGCAGAGACUUCUUGCUGCUGGAGCUGAUCUCUGGGCGCCUGCAGGCACGUCUAGACCUGGGUUCAGGUGAGCGUUCACUGCGCUCAGAAAAAGGUAUCCAUCUUAGUGACCUGGGGUGGCACUCCAUGGAGCUGACCCAUGAUCGCCAUAAUGUCACCAUGACUGUGGACCGAAACUCACACACCAGCCUCCGUAUGCCAGGACCAGAUCUGGAGCUCAGGGUCGAGGACGGCCUUUUUGUUGGUGGAGUAGUUGGGCUCAACCAUGAGUACCUUCUUAAUAUCUCCACAGGGUUUAGAGGUUGCAUAGAUGAAGCUGUGUUCAAUGAACAUAAUCUGCUGUCCAGCCUGAAGCCGUAUUCUGGGUACAAGAGCAUCCACGAGGUAUCUCUGGGCUGUAGUCCGCAGUUUUCUGCGACAGAGGAGGAUUCUAUCAGUUUUUUCAGCUCCAAAGCUUUCAUCACUCUACCACCAUGGGAGGUGCCACAAGAGGGGCUAUUUGAAUGUGAACUGUACCCCUCUGCAAGAGAAGAAGAUGGUAUAGUCUUAUAUAGCUCUGGCAACGAGGGGGAUUUUGUUGCUAUAGAGAUCAGAGAUGGCCACCUGGUGGCAAUGGUUGGAAAUGGAGUUGGGAGUAAAACUGAGCUGCAUUCCUUAACACAUGUCAAUGGCAACUUUACCUGGUAUCCCAUCCAGCUGCACCUGCGACCCGAAAGCAUCCAGCUGAAGGUGGGUGAGGAGUUGGUCAAGGCCAACCUGGGUCUAGAGCUCCAAGUCAUCCAGCUCAAAGGGCCUCUUUUCCUGGGAGGGCUAGAUGAACAAGUGCGAGGAGAAGUGAGGCGAGCCGGGCUGAUGUCCACUGCAGCUGAAGGGAAAAUGACUGGAGGAGGAGGCUCGUUUAAAGGCUGUCUGCAAAAUAUUAGGGUGAACACUCUUAGAAUGGGCCUCCCUCAUGCUGUUAUCACUAAGGACAUCACUGUGGGCUGCAAAACAGGGCAACCUCCAGAUGCAGUGACCACCAUGAGUCCAACUGAUGGUCGAGAGUUUGAUACUACAACUGCACAACCGACUGGCAACAACAGUGAUAGAAAGAAGUCCAACUUCCUCUUGCUGAGAAAGUUAGAGGUAGCAGAGGGAAGCCGGGCACCACUGGAGCCCAAACACAUUAAGGUAAAUCUUGAUUUCCGGAAGUUAGGAAUCCAUCCAUCCCAGUUUAUGUUCCGUAUUGAGGAGCAGCCUGUCCACGGCCAGCUCCGCCUGGACCUGAGUCCAGACCCAGAUGGGAUGCUGGAAGAAGGGCAGGAGAGGACUAUCACAAUGGAAUCGGAAGAGAAGGACCGGACUUUCAGUAUGCUCGACCUGUGGCAGGGCCGAGUGAUGUAUGUUCACAGUGGGUCAGAGGACCAGCAAGACUUCUUCAUGUUCUCAGUCUUCUCCAGCAGUAAGAAGGAGCUUCCUGUGUUUCUGAAGGGCAACCGUUUGCACCGCUUUGAUAUCAGCAUCAGUCCUGUUAAUGAUGCACCAGUGCUCAGCCUGCCAGAGGGAAACUUUUUCACUCUGCUGGAGAACUCCAAACGACCGUUGACAACAGAUGUGCUGAGAGUGUCUGACCCUGACAGCAGUCCUGAAGACCUGGUGUUCAGCUCCCUGGGAAACCUCAACACUGAGGCUGGACACCUUGAGCACCAGGAUUACCCCGGCAGAGCCAUUAACUUGUUCUCCCUGCAAGAUCUGGAGGAGGAGAAGAUCGACUUUGUUCACACUGGGGUCCCCACCUCUAGGUUGGCUCUCAGGGUCAGCGAUGGGCAUAAGCUGAGCAACACAGUCGUUUUGAGGAUUAUGGCAGUGGUGCUCGAACACAAACUGGUGAAUAACACUGGACUGGAGGUGAACCAAGGUGGGGCUUCAUUCAUCACCACCAGUCAUCUUGCAGUACAAGUUAAUGUGGCAGAGCAGGCAGUGGAAAUCAACUAUGACGUUACUGAGUCGCCACAAUACGGUGAACUCCAGCGUUUGCAUUCAAGUGGCGAAUGGAAGUUGACAACUUUAUUUUCACAAAAACUUGUAGAAAAAGAACGGAUCAGAUACCUCAACACAUACUAUGGCCUUCAGACUCAGAACAACAUCACUGAUCAGUUCAAAUGUAAAAUCAGCAUUGGUUCCCUACAAACUGAGGAGUUUGUUUUCCCCAUUGUGGUACGCUGGAUCCAAUACAAGGUCACGCGAAGCAAAAUGGAAGUCAGUGGUAUUCAGAAGGCUAUUGUCACUCCAGAGAACCUUAAUGUGAUUUCUAAGGGUGUCAAACUCAGUGAGAGUGACCUAUUCUUCAGGCUUCUAACAGUUCCAAAAAAAGGCAAGCUUCUCCUCAAUAACAAAGCUCUUCAAAGGAACUCAAUCUUCAGCCAGAAAAACAUCACAGACAGCUUGGUGAAGUAUGAGCUGCUCAACAGAUUGCACGAUGACACAAGAGACACAUUCAGCUUCCAGGUGUUUUCAACACUCGCCAACUCAACAACUUACGACUUCAGAAUCAACAUCAAAGCGGAGUCAAAUGCCAUCACCGUUGUAAACAAAGGCCUUUCAAUACUGGAAGGAGGGAGUAAAGUCAUCACCAAAGGUAUCCUGUUCACUCACACAGCAAGUAACCGGGAGGUCCUGUAUAGCAUAACUGUCAAUCCCAGGCAUGGGUACAUAAGGAGGAUCAACCUAUCCAACUCAUCUUCCAUUAACGACAACAUUGUGUCAUUCACAAACCAGGAUAUCAUUGAGGAAAGGAUCAUGUACGUUCACGAUGACAGUGAGACCAAGCAGGAUUCCUUCACUUUUCAAAUUGCGGUUUAUAAACCACACAAACUCACCAGUAAGAAGGAAGAAGACGAACAGACCUUCAACAUCUCAGUCCAGCUCGUCAAUGAUCAGAGACCUGUCAGGGUUGUCAAUAAAGUUUUCCAUGUGGCCCGUGAUGGGCAGAGGUUAGUGACGUCGAAUGACCUCCGUUUCCAGGAUGAUGACACAGACUUUGAGGACGACUGGUUGGUGUACACACGGAGGGGGAUUCCGAUGGGAGAGCUGGUGCUGUCCAGUGAUACCAGUCAGAAACUGUAUGAGUUCACGCAGCGGGACCUUGAGCAGAAAAAGGUGUUGUUUGUCCACAGAGGAGUCAGUUUUGGGCGUUUUGUGCUGUUUGUAUCAGAUGGAAAACAUUAUGUUUCAACACUCCUGGAGGUAAUGGCCCAGGAUCCUUACCUACAGGUAGAGAACAACACAGGCCUAAUGGUCCAGCGAGGUGGGAUCACGACCCUGACCUCCACCAACCUCAGCGUCUUCAGCAACCUUGACAUCCGAGACCCACAGGAAGUUACAUUCGAGGUCUUCAUUCCACCUAAACAUGGUGUCCUGUGCUUUAAUGAUAGAGAUAGUGACACUGUGACAGAAGCAGAUGCAAUUUCAAUGUUCACCCAGGGAGAUUUGGUGGCGGGGCGCUUAGCAUAUUAUCACGACAGCAGCCAUGAGUUGUCAGAUUUCUUCAAUGUUACAGCCAGAGCAAGGGAGCGAAGCACAGAGCAGCGAAUGGACAAAGGGAGGAGGGAGGUACAUCUGGACAUUGGAGUGUCUGUGAAAAUUUUCCUGGAGAGUCACCAGAGACCACCAACAGUCAUAACUAACCAGCCAGUGGUGGUGGCAGAGGGACAAAAUGUCUCUAUAAGUAGGGAGCAUUUAGAGGUGGUUCAUGAUGACAGUCUGCCCUCAGAGAUAGUUUUUACUGUCCAAAGUCCUCCCACCCUGGGCUUGAUUCAGAGGUUAUCCCUUGAGGACAAAAAGGGAAUCAACAAUGGAGAACAGCAGCACCUCUAUCAGGGCUUCAGACAGCAGCCAACAGCCUCCUUCACUCAGGAGGAUCUCAACCAGGGAUUGAUGGUCUACUAUCAAGAGGCUAAGGGAAGCACCAAUGACUCUAUUUUGUUGGAGGCAACCAAUGGAGUUACAAAGGUUGGACCUGUCAGGCUGGAGAUUGAUAUCAUCCCUAUUCUGCUACCCCUACAGGUGUCUGACCUGAUCCUCGAUGAAGGGACAUCCCUGCCACUGACCCCUAGCAUCAUCAAGGUCACCAAUCACCACUUCUCAGGAAUGAACUUCCUGUACCAGAUCAUCAUUCCACCACGACAUGGACACUUGGAGCACAGCCGGAUCCCGGGGAUGCCUAUCACUGCUUUCACACACACUGAGGUGGAGCGUGAGUACAUCUCCUAUAUCCAUGAUGGCAGCGACACACUUAAUGACAACUUCACCAUUGUGGCCAAUCAGACAGAAAUUAGGAAGCACAGUCUGCCUUGCACUGUUCUCAUCACCAUCACACCUGUCAACGAUGAGACUCCUGUUGUUACAACCAACCGAGGUUUGAAGGUGUGGAUGGGUUCAGUUACUGAAAUCUCAGUAGAUGAUCUCAGUGCAGAGGAUUCAGACACUCCAUCUGAGGGACUGGAGUUCAUCGUCACACCACCCAGUAACGGUCAUCUAGCCCUGAAGAGCGCCCCCUCCAGACGCAUCCUGAACUUCACCCAGAAUCACAUACAAACUGGACAACUGGUGUUUGUGCACAGUGGUGCAUCAUCUGGUGGGUUUCACUUCCAGGUGAAUGAUGGUGUGAACUUUGCCCCUCGCCAGAUCUUCAGCACAACUGCCCACUCGCUGGUUCUUACCCUGCAGAGACACCAUCCUAUGGAGGUUUACCCAGGCUCUGUGACACCGAUCUCUGAGCAGGAGCUUAAGGUUGGAACCAACGACGUCAAUGACAUCAGGAGAAACCACUCAGUGGUGUUUGCAGUGACUGUUCCUCCUAAACUCGGCCGUCUGGUCCAACGUAUGCCCGACAACUCUACACGAAACAUUUCUACAUUCACACAGAGCAUGGUGAAUGAUGGGGUUAUCCUGUACGAUCAGAACAAGCCGGAGUCCUUGGGUUGGUCAGCUACAGACUCUUUCUCAUUCACCGUGUCCUCUCCUCCUGCUUUCCUUCCUGCACACGUCUUCACAAUCUUAAUCUCCUACCAGGCCAAUGAACAUCACGACAACCCUCAGCACAGGACCAGACUCCUAAACAAUGCAGGGGCCGUGGUGGCAGAGGGAGGCAAGGUGACGAUUGACAGCUCAAUACUUGAUGCCUCCAAUCUCCUGAGGAAGGUCCCAGAGCCGUACAGGAAAGACCACCACAUCCUUUACCGUGUGAUUACUCUGCCGCGCCACGGAGUUCUGUCUACACAAGGAAGUAACCUUACCAGGGAACAACCAGAUUUCUCCCAGGUCAUCCUCAACAAGAACGGCAUCACAUACAUCCAUGAUGACUCUGAGACCACAAGUGACAGCUUCACUUUCCGGGCCUGGGUGGCUCCUUUGGAUCUUUCCAAUUCUUCCUACUCAUCUUUCUUGUCUGACUUUUCCUCAAAUUCUUCCGAUUCCUCCUCCUCUUCUUCGUCCUCCUUUUCUCCUCUCUACUCAUCAUCCUCCCUUCCAUCAUCAGACAUGGUUUCUAACCGGCGUGCCAAGGACAGACUGACAGUGACGGAGAUGUUUAACAUCACUGUGACACCAGUCAAUGAUCAGCCGCCACUAAUCAAGACCAGAGCUCGACGUAUGAAGGUCGUAGUCGGGGAAAGAGUUGUACUUGGACCAGACAGUCUGAAGGUUGAGGAUCAUGACACCCCUCCAGAGGAGCUGCACUACCUUGUGAUUAGUAAGCCUAACAAUGGCUACCUGACGCUGGGGGAAAGACCAGAACCGGUGACUUCUUUCACCCAGUACGACGUCAACCACAACCGGCUGCAUUUUAUACAGCAGGGUGAGCCUUCAACAGGAGUUUUCUACUUAAAUGUAACAGAUGGCCAUCACCGUCCACUCUACAAACGGUUUAGUUUGGAGGUGAUUAAGCCCUCUGUCUUCAUGGUGAACAACACAGGACUGUCACUGGUUCAAGGAAAGACUGCUGUGGUCCUGACCACCAACCAGCUAGCAGCUCAAACAAAUGGCCGCAGCCAGGCAAACAUCACCUACACAGUCACUACACACCCUCGCCACGGACGCAUUGCUAUCAAUGACCAGGAAGUCAUGACCUUCUGCCAUGAAGACCUCCAGUUAGGCCGUGUUGUCUACCACAUGACUGAUUUCAGUGAAUCAGAGGACAGCUUCCAAAUCUCAGUGUCAGCAUCGUCGCCUGGUGUUGAAUAUGGAAAUGUGACUGGGCAGACAGUGAAUGUUACUGUACGGCCUUUGAUCUACCUGAGGGAGUCAGUACGAGUACCCAGCGGUAUCGCUGUUAAACUGGGUAAAGCCAUGAUGGAUGCCUCUGAACUGGCAAGAAUCAGCAGAGUUGACCCGGUCUUCCAAGUUCUUUCUCCACCAAAACAUGGCAAACUGGUCAAGAUUACCUAUGACCUUAACCGACCAUCAGAAGUUCUGAAGUCCUUUACGUUCCGCGAUGUGCUGCAAGGUCGAGUCGCCAUUGAGGAAACUCUCAGCGACAGCAAUAACCAACUCCCCAGAAACAAAUCAGCAGUCACAACCGCUCGAGGUCACACCCCCGCCACACCUCUAAACGAUUCGUUCAUCUUCCUGUUGAAGGCUGGACACAUCCAGCCUGCGAAGGGCGAGCUUCACUUCACCAUCUUACCCCACCACCAGAUGUAUCAUGGUACGACUGGUUUAAAUAAAGCAACCGGUGCAAGUCGUGAACACAUAACGACCCGUCUGCAGCAACACAACAGGACUACUGUUGGAGGAGGAAGGGGAGGGGGGCGAGGUGGUUCCAUGACGCAAAGUGACAUUUUGUCACAUAAGAACCACAACAGGACACAGAACAGAAUGAGGCCUAACAACCGCUGGGCGAACCAAACACGAAAUGGAGGAAGAUCGGGGAGCGGUGUAGUAGGAGCUGGAGGGCGUCACAGUCAUUCCCCAUAUCCCCACAUUCCUCCUGACCUGGUGAAACAUGGUCCAACAAACCCUCCUAACCUUCAUCCGGUUCAUGUGGAGGUCCUCCCUCGCCCCGCCGCUGACCCUCUCUUCAUCAUCCUGCCGCUGCUGGCCUGUUUGCUUCUCAUCAUAAUCCUCAUAGUUUUGAUUCUGGUGUUCCGUCAACGAAAGGAGAAACAGGCCCGCUUGCUACUCUUCCGGCACCUUGCUGCAUUACCUUCAGCUCCUGAGGGCAGCCCUUACCUGGGCCAGUCGGAGCGUAGCGUGGCUAUACCAUCUGUGGUAGUCACCCCGCUUGGCUAUGCAAGCUGCCCCACCUCACCCAGGUUACCCAUGAGUCCCAGAAGGAGGAGUCUGGCCCCUGGGAUGACCUUCUGGGGGCCAAUUGAAUCUGAUAGUGAUGGGAAUAUUAGAGGUGGUAACAGUAGUGAAACAGAUAAUGUAACUGGCUGUAAUGUGCUCCCAGCUGUCACCGCAGGAUUCAAGACCUCUGUGAGACCGAGGUCCCCAACUCCAAAUCUUAAAGAUGACCAGUACUGGGUCUGACGGAAGUAAUUCAAAGAAAAACUGUGCCUUAGAGGUGUAUUUCAGUGUGAAGGGUAUAAAUGAUACUAUGUGUAUUCUUCAGGGCACAUAUAUGUCAUCUAAGGCACA